CAGGCUGCUUUCACUUCGCUCCCCGCAGGCACUGGGUCACCAGCUGGUUGGAGCUCUGCGGUCCUUGCCAUCGUCGCCGUCACCGGAUUCCUGCAGCCGCUCUGCGAGCUGUGUUCCACUUGGAUUCACACCACCUCCGCAGCUCCCGCCGCCACCGCCUCGGCGCCCUUCCCCUGGCCCUCGUCCACCCAAUGUCUGACUCUGAUUCUCGGACUGAGAAACGCAAGAAAAAAAGACCAAAUGGCCAAGCAACCUUCUGAUGUAAGUUCUGAGUGUGACAGAGAAGGCGGACAAUUGCAGCCCGCUGAGAGGCCUCCCCAGCUCAGGCCUGGGGCCCCUACCUCCCUACAGACAGAACAGCAAGGUAAUCCCGACGGCGAAGGGGACCGCUGCCCCCACGGCAGCCCUCAGGGCCCGCUGGCCCCACCGGCCAGCCCUGGCCCUUUUGCUACCAGAUCCCCACUUUUCAUCUUUGUGAGAAGAUCUUCUCUGCUGUCCCGGUCCUCCAGUGGGUAUUUCUCUUUUGACACAGACAGGAGCCCGGCACCCAUGAGUUGUGACAAGUCAACACAAACCCCAAGUCCUCCUUGCCAGGCCUUCAACCACUAUCUCAGUGCAAUGGCUUCCAUAAGGCAGUCUCAGGAGGAACCUGAAGAUCUGCGCCCGGAGAUACGGAUUGCACAGGAGCUGCGGCGGAUCGGAGAUGAGUUUAACGAAACUUACACAAGGAGGGUGUUUGCAAACGAUUACCAAGAGGCUGAAGGCCACCCUCAAAUGGUUAUCUUACAACUGUUACGCUUCAUCUUCCGGCUGGUAUGGAGAAGGCACUGACAGGAUCUACAUGCAGCCAGGAUACGUGGCGGACAUGGCUCUUGUUCAGACUGGGAGAACCCCCACAUGUCAUGUCCAUCUCUUGGUGCUGCGACAGUAUGUCCAGUGGUUCUAUCCCAGAGAGGUGUGCUGAGCGUGGACAGCGCUCUGCACUGUGUCCAUGUGAACGGAACCUCUGUUCGUCACCACAUGGCCGAGUUUUCAGUAAAUAUUUGUUGUGAAUGUAAACAAGGGAGGGUUUUUCUCUUUUUAAUGUACAGAUCCUAGGAACAGAGAAAUAUGCAAGAGAGGUGUUUA